AUUGGCGCAUGGAAGAAAAGCGAUUAAUAUCCAUUCUUCCUUGCAACUUAACAUUUCUAUCAGCCUCUACCUUUUUGCUCUCAUUCUUUAUCCCUCUUUACAGUCUGCACUAUUAGUUCCGUGGCAUACUUCCAUGUCAUCGUCAAAACGGAGAGCCCCGCUCGGCAUUGACUUCAUAAUAGUUGGAGCUGGUGUUGCUGGCCUCGCUAGCGCGUUUAGAUUAUGCCAAGCAGGGCAUCGUGUCCGUGUUUUAGACAAAGCCUCAGGGCCAAACCGGCGCGCUGGUGGUACACACCUCCCGCCCAACGCUACCAAAGUUUUGGUGGACUGGGGAUUCAAGGACGAACUACUGAAACACGGACUAAGAACACGUGCUAGCACAUUCAUUUCAAUCGACACUGGAAAAGUCAUAGGAUGCCUCGAAUGGAAGGAAGACGUUCUUCAGGAGACAGGAGCGGACUAUUUGGUUAUACGUUACCGCGACCUCUACGAUAUGCUGUAUCGUGCAGCGGUCAACGCAGGUGCCCGUAUUACAUACGGUGCAACAGUCACCAAAGUGCACGCGAACCCGCCCCGCGUCGAGCUUCAGGAUGGCACCGUCCUCAAAGCAGAUAUGGUCAUCGGGGCUGAUGGUCCACGGAGUACAGUCCGCGAGGCGGUUGUAGGGUGGCCAGGCGAAGAGGUGCCAGAAGGGCACAGUGCUUACGUUGCCAUUGUACCUCGGGAUAUCCUUCAAAAUGACCCUGAGCUCAGCGACCUGACGCGAUUUCAUGAAGAUAGACCUGACUACCCGAUAUGGACUGGAGACUCUAGACAUGUCAUAGCCUUCACAGUGGCAGGAGGGACUGAAUUCGCGAUCCAUGCAUUCUUGCCUGACAGCGAAGUUGAUGGCAUUGGUGAUCAAGAUGGUUGGGACGUGAUUGUCCCUCGGGAACGGCUCCCUUUUCAUUUUGAACCGAAAUUGCAGCGCCUGCUGGAUAUACCUGCUACGUAUCAGAGGGUGCGACUUUUCCAAAGGGAAUGUGCCGAAGAAUGGACGGACGAAUCAGGAAGAUUGCUCCUCAUGGGAGAAGCCGCACAUCCGUUAUAUCCUUGCGUUCUACAAGGUUGUAGUAUGCAAAUAGAAGACGCUGAAGUACUCGGCACCCUCUUUUCUCGAUUACGAGCCUGGGAUCAAUUACCUCACUUGGCUGAAGCAUUUCAGGAGCUGCGCGAGCCACGUACGCGCGCCAUAUAUGCAAAGGAAACGAAGGCUUUUGAAACGGUAUGGGUAGCUCCUGGGCCACAACGUAAUGCGCGAGAUCAGGCCCUCUAUGGCAUGAUGAUGGAAGGGCACAAGGGCUGGGACGAGACCAAGAUGCGCUGGCAGUGGGAUGAGAUUUGCGAGGUCUUCGGCUAUAAUGCGCGGGACGCAGCCGAAGACUGGUGGGUCAUGUGGGGUAUGUUGAGGGAGAGAAGUAUAACAAGGGAAGGACAUUGUCCUUCCAGUUAUACUGUGCCUUUCUGCAUGGGGGCAACCGUCACACAUUACGCAGAGCCAGUCGUCUUGCGAAAUUGACCUCCGGUCACGAUUUCUAGGUCGCCAGUUAUAGACAUCUUGUGUCGUGCAUAUGUAGAAGAAAUGGAGGAAGAACUAUAC